CGACGAUUAUCUCAUUAACUUCAAUAUUCUAACGCCGAACCUUCUCUACGAUACCUUCCGGAUGUUCCUAAUAAGUGUUAGAGAGUUUAUGGUAAGUUCUUGGAAUGAAACAAUAUGAAUUUGGUGAAGAAAAUGGUCCAACCCGAGGAGCUCGCCACCACUGGCGCAGUCCCGGUAUUUUGGCCAUAUCUUCUUCGUUACUCAACGAAAUCGCGAGCCGUUUGUUGGGAUGGAUUUGUAUCGUCCGGGGCUACAACUUUGGCUCAAGAAGUAUUUCGAGAUAAUCGAUGGAAAAUUUCAGUUUUUACCUAGAAGUGGGCUGCUGUGUUUGAACUCAGGAUUUUAGAACUUUGGAUGGUUUUCUUGCUUCUUCUUCUUCUUCCUUCAACCAACUAUGGAGAUGAACUUUCUUUUCUUUUCCUUUGGUUUGGCCGACAGAGAGAGAAUGGAGAGGGGAGAGAUGAGAUGAUGGGUGGGGUGAGGGGUUAGGGGUAGGGUUGUACGUGUAGUAGGCAUGGGCAGGUGGGUGGGUAGGGUUGGGUAGGCGCGGGCCGAGAAGACCCGAGCCGGGGUUUGGUUGUGGUGAGUUCCAAGGUACGUAGCCAUCAUGCGGGUGUCGUUGCGAGCCAGAGUUUCUUCCUCGUCCACGUCCCCGGCCGCCUCCACCACGACUAGAGCUGCGCCCCUGCUGUCCACGGCCGCCACUGCCGCUGCCAAGCCCUCCACUACCACGCCCGAAGCUGCCACCGCUGGUGCCGUAGGGUGGGCCGCCGGUUCGGCCGGCCAGGAGGACCGUCCCGGCGUCGUCCGCAAUGCUCUGCCGUUGCCGAUCUAGGAGCAGGAGGGCGGAUCGGGUCUGAAGAAUGUUGGGCAGCGGUUGUUGGAAUUGUAGGAACGAUGUCUGAGCCUGGAGAUCUUCGGGUAGCCCCAAAAGCAUUUGAAGCACGAGUUGAGACUCAGAGACCGGGGCGUCGAUGUCAUCCAACCAAUCGGCAAUGUUCCGCAGGGUUUGACAGUACGUAGCCCUGGUCAUCGUACCCUUGACAGUGGUUCG